ACAAAAAAAAAUAAUACUUCAUCAAAAAAUAUCUCCCUAGUAAAACAAUAUUUUAAUUUUCAUUUAUUUAAAAUAAAAUAAAAUAUAUAAUUAUCAUAGUAUGUUUAAUUUCAACUUUAAUUUGUACUGCCAGUAUCGGUAAACAACACCAAACACAAAAAGGUCAAUAGUGUUUGUGAUUCAUCAGAUCGAAAUUGGCGCCCCUUUUUCCUGUCCCUUGGCCUUUCCUCACAUUUCUCUCGCACGCAUUUUCCAUCGGAAAAGAUAUUGAAAAGAAAAUAUCCAGGUUCUUAAUCGGUGUCAAAUGUCGUUGCGUAGGCGAACAUUGCUCAAAGUCAUCGUCCUCGGCGACAGCGGGGUGGGUAAAACAUCGUUGAUGAACCAAUAUGUGCAUAAGAAAUUUAGUCAGCAGUACAAAGCUACAAUUGGCGCAGAUUUUGUCACCAAGGAACUUCAAAUAGAUGAUCGCCUCGUCACUCUUCAAAUUUGGGACACUGCUGGUCAAGAGAGAUUUCAAAGUCUUGGAGUUGCAUUUUACAGAGGCGCAGAUUGCUGUGUUUUGGUAUAUGAUGUGAAUGUAAUGAGGUCUUUUGAUACUCUUGACAACUGGCAUGAAGAAUUUCUCAAGCAGGCUAACCCACCUGACCCGAAGACAUUUCCGUUUGUAUUACUAGGAAACAAGAUUGAUAUAGAUGGUGGCAAUAGCAGAGUGGUUUCUGAGAAAAAAGCGAAAGAAUGGUGUGCAUCAAAAGGGAAUAUACCUUACUUUGAGACAUCAGCAAAAGAGGACUACAAUGUUGAUCCUGCAUUCUUUUGUGUCGCAAAGGCUGCUUUAGCGAACGAGCAUGACCAAGAUAUAUACUUCCAGGAAAUGCCAGAGACCGUCCCAGAAACAGAGCAACAAGGUGGUUGCGCAUGCUGAUCUAACUUAUUCAUGUCAAAACUCGUGCUUAACUUUAUUCGAUGUGAUUCUCGUCUUUUAGGCUGUUUUUCAUAGCCACUCUUUUGUAUGCUCUGCUCUGUAUACUGCUAUGUUCUGAAGAUUGAGUUGGGAUUGAUUCCCUUUCCGUUUCGAGUCGUUAACCAGGGUUAUUUAACCUGGAUAUCUUGUAAUCCUUUUGUUUUGACACCGAUAUUUUGAGUUUUGAGAGACUUAUGUCGUCUUCUUCAGAAUUUUACAAAACCAUAAUUUAUAUAGCUGAAUUGGCCUAUUUCUUUUUUCGGGUUAUGUAAAUUAGUAAUUACUAAAUUGGGAUCAGUGUGAAUGCAAUUUUACUCUUUGGCAUAU